UUAUUGUAUAUAUUUUGGCGCGACAACAGCGCUGCGUUUCAUUCAAUUAUUGAAAUUGCUAUAGUGAAGUGUCGUGUUGUGAAUUUUAGAGUUAAGCAUAAUUUUCUUAAUUUUACCAUUGGAUUGUUCUACUGUAUUCUUCAGAUCAUAGUUAGUUGAUAAGUUUUCACAAUGGGGAAAAAUUACUAUAAAAUAUUAGGACUUACAAAAGGUGCUACAGACGAUGAGAUCAAAAAGGCAUACCGCAAGUUGGCAUUGAAAUACCAUCCGGACAAGAACAAAUCUGCUGGCGCAGAAGAGAGGUUCAAGGAAGUGGCAGAGGCUUACGAAGUAUUGUCUGAUAAGAAGAAGAGGGAAAUUUACGAUGCGCACGGCGAGGAAGGGUUGAAGGGCGGAAUGGGCAACCAGAACGGACCUGGUGGCGGUCAAUCAUUCUCGUAUACCUUCCAUGGAGAUCCGAGGGCGACGUUUGCACAGUUCUUCGGUUCAGCGAGCCCCUUCCAGGCCUUUUUCGAUCUGAACGGCAGCGGCGGUGGGGGCACCACCAUGUUCUUUGACCGUGACAUGGACGUCGAUAUGGAUCCGUUUGCCAACAUGGGAAUGGGGCAGACGCGGCCUGGUGGACCCGGUGGUGCCUUCCGCAGUCACAGUUUCAACUUCCACGGCUCGCCAAGUAGGAAAGAGAAGACUCAGGAUCCGCCCAUUGAGCACGAUCUCUAUGUGUCUCUGGAGGAUAUCGCCCGCGGAUGUGUAAAGAAAAUGAAGAUCUCGCGCCGCGUUAUACAACCUGACGGUACAUCCAAGAAAGAGGAUAAGGUACUCACCAUUCAUGUGAAACCUGGAUGGAAAGCUGGCACAAAGAUCACGUUCCAGAAAGAAGGUGACCAAGGCAGGAAUAAGAUACCAGCUGACAUUGUUUUCAUCAUCAGAGAUAAGCCACACCCACUCUUCAAGAGGGAAGGCAGUGACAUUAGAUAUACUGCAAAAAUCUCACUCAAACAGGCGUUAUGUGGUACAAUAAUCGAAGUUCCUACCAUGUCUGGAGAUAAACUAACAGUGAACCUGCAAGGAGAAGUAGUCAAACCACACACUGUGAAGAGAUUCCCAGGGUAUGGGCUGCCGUUCCCCAAGGAGCCGACGAGGAAAGGUGACCUGUUGGUUGCGUUCGAUAUCAAAUUCCCCGACCGCAUCAGUUCUGGUGUAAAAGAAAUAUUAACAGAUACUCUACCCAAUUAAUGUAGCAACAAGACUGCCGAAUAUCUUAUUAAGAGAUGUGUAUACAGUGAUAUUUUAACAUCCUUAUAAAUAAUUUAAGUAUCUAAUAAUCUGUGCUCGGCCACAUGCUGAGUAGGCCUUCAGCAUGCAUUUGGCUGACUGUAGACAACCAGGUGUUAGAGUAUAAUUGUCUAUGCUCAAAUCUUAAUGAGACAUUCCUGGAGUUUGUAGGAUCUUAUUUACUCAUGUUGCCUAAUUAUGUUGGAGAUGUUACCCUCAUUGAUUCCAAUGUAACAUUUCGCUUGUAGGACUGUGUGCGUGAAUUAGCCAAAUUUGACUGAGUGGGUAGUGACUUCUGCGUUCUAGUAGGGGUACUUGGAAUGCUUGAGACACACUUUGUUCUAUUAAUGUCUGUGAGAUUGUAUUUAAUAUUAAAAAAUAAGUUGUAAAUAUUUUGUACUGUUAUGUAAAUACAUAGUGAUCUUUAUAACAGUGAUUGUAAGUUUUAGGUUCCGAUAAUUGUAAUGUGAAAGUGAAUAUUUUCGACAUUUUGUAAAUUAUGACUGUACAUUUGAGGCCUAUAAAAUAAAAGGUAGCUAAAUGCCAUAAAAUCUAUUUCAUUUUCAUUCUGUAUUCAAAUAUUUCACUUAAUUAAAAUUCAAAUUAUUACUAAUAUUCUAAUUUCCUGUAAUCUGAUUUAAAAUAUAGAAUAUUGUUCCAUAUCCUUGACAAAAUAUUAGUGGUGGUUUUUGAACAUUGAUAGAGUUGGAUUUAGCUGUCUUUGAUUUUAUGGGCCUCGUUUGUAAAAUGAUGACAAAAAAAAAACUUAUCACUUAUAAUUGCUGUUUAAUACUAAUAAACAAGUUUAAAAAGUUA